AUGAAGUGGCGUAUGCGUUAUCGGUCCAGGACAAUCUGUCUGUCCUUGGCUUUCCUCACCAUUUUCCUCCACCUCCUCCUGGCGAUUUUCUCUCUUACCAUUCACCACCAGUCCUGUAACCCCCCACUGCUACCAAGGACACACAUCUUGAGAGACCUGGCACGAACCAAUUUCACCUCCUCAGACAACAGUGGUCCAGCUGAGCCACCUACCGAUACCACACACAGAGAUUAUUCCACUGAAGAUGCCAAUAAGGAAACCAAAGGUCAUGUGCAUACACCUUCUGACAUGGGAUUACCAGUGAAGCAGGGGGGAAGUGAUUCAAAGAACAUGCCAGGCAGCGGGGGCCACCAUGACAGUCACCAAGAGGAACCUGUGGAGUCUGGUCUGUUCAAGCUGGAGGCGCUGUUUGACCAUCCUCUCUACAACAUGCCCAGCUCUCCGAUUCCUGAGGAGGACUGGCUGCUGAAAAUGAAGACAACAGUCAAGGCCAGCGAGAAGAGCUCCCAGAUGUGGGUGAGUGCCAGUCAGGAGGGCUAUGGAGACAUCCAGUGGAACAGUGACAGUAACAGCCAUCCUCCCUGGCUUCGCUUCCACCUGGGCAUCACCCGUUGGCAGCUCUAUCCGCAUGGUGACUCAAACAUGAAUCUGCUGACCCAACAACUUGCCACGCAUCGCAUCGUCAGUGCAGUGCAGAAGUCUGGAGGGACGCAAUUGAAGCUGGUGAUGUCAUUUCCCAACUACGGACAAGCAAUGUUCAAGCCCAUGAAACAGGAUAGAGAUGAAGAAACCAAUUACAACUUAUACUACUUCUCUGACUUUGAGAGACACAAUGCAGAAAUAUCUGCUUUUCAUCUGGACAGGAUUUUGGGUUACAGGAGAAUCCCUCCAGUGGUGGGAAGGCUGGUGGAUGUGGUCAAGGAGAUCAAAGACAUCACCACUGACGGCAAGCUGGCCCGGACCUUUUUUAAAUCCCCUGUGGGCAGUGUAUGUUUCUACGGGCAAUGCUCCUACUACUGUUCAACAGAGCACGCUGUGUGUGGACGCCCUAGGAACCUUGAAGCCUCCUUGGCUACCAUGUUGCCUGAUCUUUCCCUGGCAACACGCACGACCUGGAGAUCCCCCUGGAGGCGCUCGUACAGCCGCAGCAAGCUGGCAAUAUGGGAAACCGAACCAGACUACUGUUCAUCAGUGCAAAAGAUUCCACCAUAUGACAAAGGCACAAGACUGGUGGACUUCAUGGACCUGGUCAUACUGGAUUUCUUGAUGACCUACUUGACCUUCAGCAACUUUACAGCACAACCAAGAGUUACUGUGUGCGUUACCGUGGCAACUAGCCGUCGCCAUGGUAUCGCUGACAACUGCUCUCGACAGCCAGAGACAUCAGCAGCAUGUACUGCCCCUUAUGAUCAUGAUGGAGUUUCUCAGAGCUUUGAUAAAGACAUUACUAGGACUGGAUCCAAGGUUAAGAAAAAGGCCCUUUUACCACCUCUGUCCCUUAUGAAGCCCACUGUCUCAGCAGCCUUUGUUACCACGCCUCUGUACAGUUGUACCCCCGUCCUCGACAGUAUCCCCUCUGAUAGACCUAUAUCUGUGGUGGAGCUUCCUCCUCUUGUAGCCAAGGUAGGACCUGGUAGAGCCACAUAUGACACCAAAUGGACAAAAGGACCUCGACUAUUGGCCUCAGCAUUGGGGACUGACAUCCCAAUCAGAACUGCUGUUGGGAUGACAGCACAAAGUCUUACAAGAAAGGAUGAAUCCAUAAAAGUCACAGCCUGUUAUAAUAAAAAGAUAAAUACUGUGAACAAUGGGAAAGCGGCCAAACCUAAUAAAGUUCCACUCACUGCCACAGAGGUGCUUCAUAUCUUUGCCAAGAAAAGAGACCUGGGAGAAUUGUUGCUUUAUUACCUGAAAGAAGUGGAGGGGGACUCCUACAGGCCAUAUGACCUGCAGGUGGUCCAUUCCAGUGAGGCUGGCUCCGAGCACUACAUCUUCACCCCUAAUUCUGUACUACAUGUGACAGAAAGGGGUUUUGGUGGAAUUGUCAGUCUGGCAGAGUGGUUCAGAGAGUCUGUGUUGUGGACAGCUUUGCAGGAAAUUCCUUUUUUUAGGGACUUUAGACUCCAGAAAGCAUUCACGUGGUGGCACAAAAGUGUGCGCAAGAUAAUCUUUCACCGCAGGUGUCAGAGUCUGCAGAAUAGGCUGGUUAUAGCGGUCCCUCAGUUCAGAAAUGCUCUUCUCAUGUUCAACAGAAUUAUUGAAGAUGUGAAAGGGAAACACCUGCUACCCCAGGAGGAGAUUAAAACCUACACAAUGCUGGAAUUCAAACAUGUGCUCAAAGACAUGAAUCAAGAGGGUUUUGAAAUUUUGAAACAGCUGUCAAAAUUUCGCUUCUCCAUUCUAAAUAAGGUGAGGGAUGACUGCUACAAGACACAGCAGGAGUUGGAGCUGCACAUGGAAUAUUCUAAAAAGCCUACAAAGUGCUCCGAACCCAUUCACCUUCAUCUGGCUCACCAGCAGGAUCUGAAGAAAGAGUUGGCUCAGUCUGAAAGUGUCUUAAAGAAAUUGGGAAAAUUUGUUGGUCUCAUCAAUCAGAUGACUCUGCAGAGUCUCGUUACAGUAACCAAACAGGAUGCCAUUUCUUUUCUCAACCAUGUUUUGAAGAGGAAGAAAUCUGAGCAAGGCUGUCUCUUUCACACUAAGCUGUGCUUUGGUGCUAACACUCAUCUGGCUGUGGACCCACCAGUACAUCUGUAUCAAGGAGCACUGAGUGAAGCCCUCCUGACUGUUGGAGAGUCUAUUAUUCAGAUGUGUGACAAUUGUGGACUUUUCCUGGAGAGCAACAACAGUGUCUCCAACUCUGGUUUUGCUCAGGACUUAACCUCUGACUCUAGUCAUACUGAAUAUACCAUCUUUACAGGUAUAAAUAAGAACGACGAUGGAACAAGUGUUUGCAGAAUGUUUUGCUGCCGUCAAUGUCAUAGAGACCUUCCAAUUCGCUUGCCAAUUGUCCAGGGCAACAGAGUGCAUGGCUGCAACUAUCCCCUAACUAGGGGACAGCUGGAGUGGCAGAUCAGCAUUAAUGAUGUCGCAAAACAGGUUGACAAAGAGCAGGCAAAGAUCAUGCAGGAAGCUGAGAUAGAAAUCCUGCAGCUGUGUGAGAGCUACUCGUGGUUGUUGGACAUUAAUUUGUUCACUAGUCAAUGGAGUCAAGCCUCUUUGGAAUCCAUGAAGGGUCAGUCGAGUUUACUUUAUGAGGAGCUCAUAAAGAAACUACGCCACUGGACUGAUAGAAUCUGCACAUUUCCCUCAUCAGUCUCAACCUCCAACAACCUGUUUAUCAUCCAGUGCACCUGCAUAAAAGAAAACCUUGUUCAGCAGCUGAGGUGUAUUGAGGAGGAUGUGCUCGGGCAGCUUGUUGAACAGAUAAAGCUGCUUUCAGAAAGUCUCAUUUCAGACCUGGAGGGGGCUGCUGCUGAAUUCAAGGCAGAACCCAGAGACUUACAUGACCUCUCACAAUAUGCUCUUAAGGUGAGGGAGUCUGUGAAAAUGUUAGCUGACACACAGAAGCGUAUGGAGUACAUUCAUUCCCUCCAGGAUACUGUCUGCAUGAACUUUAGGAAGAUGACUGACCAGGAGGUCACUUUGGAAGAGAAGAUGCUGGCCAUGUGGGAUUGCUUUAUCUUGCUCUUGAAGCAGGCAGAUAGCAUCGUGUGCAACCAGCUUCCAACUAUGUCCCACGCAUUGGACACAAUGUUCUCAUUUUUAGUCUGUGACCUUAAAAAUAAGGUCUCAAAGGCUACAUCAGGACCUUUCCUUGACCCAACUCAGAGUGCAGAAGAGAUUGUUUUCACACUGAACCCCAUGUGUGAACAUGUGCACAAUCUCAAUGCAAAACUGGAACAAGUUAGUAGGACCAGUCAAAACCUACAAGAACAUCCAAUGGAUAUGAGCAUCUUGACAACAGACAUCAAGAAGUUUGAGGCCCGUAAAGAGUUGUGGGAGCUGAUUGCUAUGUGCAAAACAUGGAUGGAACAAUGGAAAUCUCUGCCUUUUAGUGAGGUUGUUGUAUCACAAGCUCAGGAAAAAAUUACUCAGUGGAAACAUCAAGCUCUAUCUCUAGCAGAUAUGAUACCCACCAAUGAUGCAGUGCUCCAGGAGACAUUGGGACUCUUGGAAAGCUUAAGUCAUCAGCUUUCAGCCAUGGCCCCUUUGCAGAGUACCACACUCAAAACAAAACACUGGAAAGCCAUAUUUAAAGGCAUGGGUCUAAUGUAUGACCCAGAAAAGAUGGUGAUGGUUGCUGACCUGAUGUCUGCACAGACGGAAGUUGACCAGAAAUUGAUAACCAAGAUAUGCAGGGCUGCAAAAGCAGAGUCCAACAUGGAUCAGACCUUUCUAAAGCUUAAACAGGGAUGGGAAGCAAGACUCUUCCAGCUAGAUAUAUUCAGUCCGUCUGUUUCUCAGCAAUGUGAGCCACACCAUGAAUCAACUGAGAAAGAGAAGCACAGAGAAGGCAGAAAUCCAAAUCUUGUAAGUGCCAGUCAACCCUCCCCUGGUGAUGUGAGAUUCACCAUCAUAGGUCUAGGAUUACACAUUGCUGAGAUAGAAAAUGAUUUGAUGACUCUUUCAACUAUGUUGAAGUCCCCGCAUGCUGUUGAGUGCAAGAGGCAAAUGGAAGAGUGGAUGCAAUCAUUACAAGAUCUUGGAAAAGUGCUUAAUCUAUUUAAUAGAUAUCAGCAAAUAUGGGCCUUCCUGACCAAGAUGUUCCAUGAAACAUCCUUUUGUCUUCAGAGAGUGCAUUUGCAGGAGCAAUUUCAACCAGUUGAUGAGACAUUUAAGGAGAUGAUGCAGUCCUUAUCAAGUGACCCUCAUAUGUUGGGCUUUGUUCAUCACAAAAAGGAAAAUGACAGAUUUCAUGGUAAAAACCUUUGCCAGAUUCUCAUUGAUGGUCUAUCUACAAUGGAGGCUAUUUCUAUCAACAUGACGGAUCAACUGGACACUCUCCUUGUACAGUUUCCACGACUCUGGUUCUUGAGUGACAGGGAAGUCAUACAGCUACUUACCUUUCACCCAACCCCUGUCAUGCUGCAACUUGUACGCAAAUGCUUUAAAGGGGUGUGUUGUCUUGAAGUAGAUUGUGGAAAACCAUCUAAUACACAAGAUAUACAGAGCUGUGGGUCUACUGUAAAAAUGCACAGGCAGAUGAAGGUUUUAGGUUUCUUUGGGAGCCUUCAGGAACAUGUUACCUUUCUGUCUCCUUUGAAACCAAAUACCAAUACCUUGUCCUGGCUUUGUGUCUUUGAGAAACAACUGAAGUUGGCUAUGGUACAGCUCAUGAAAGAAUGUGCCUUUGUUCAAAGCCAGCUUGAACCCUUCAGCCAGGAUUUGGCAUGUGAUAAAAAUGUUUCAGACAAACCGUCCCAAAUCCCUGACAGGAGAAGAAUUGCAUUGCCUGAGCUGGAUCUGCUGUCUGAAUAUCCUCUUCAGUGUCUCCUGGUGACUGAGGAGGUGGUUUGGUGCACGGCUGUUUUACAAGCUUUCCAAGAAUCAAGCCCAGUGAAGUUAAGGAGUAUAAAGGCACGCAACUCUGCAAAAUUGGAAAAUCUUGGCUGUUCCAUUAGGGAUGGUGUUAAAGGGGCUAAAAGUGAAUGUCUGGUAUCCAGAUACAUGAUGAUAUGUCUGCGUGCAUUAGUGCAAAUGACUAUGAAUCAUGCACAACAGCUAUCUAAACUCAUGGAGAUUCAACAUGUUCCAUUGGAGUCGUCUUUUGAGUGGCUCAGUUUGAUGAAAUAUAAAAUAUCUGAAGAUACAAAUCUAAAAAGCAGCACUGAUCCAACAUGCUUCAUAGAUGUUUUGGGCCAUCAGCUCCCAUAUGAUUAUGAAUACUUUGGUCCAGAAGAUUGGGAAAUGGUGCACACUCAAUCCACAGAUCGGGCAAUACUUGGGAUCCUCCUUGUUCUAACAAGCUACAGGUGUGGAUUUAUGAGUGGACCUUCCAUGGCUGGAAAGACAAAAACGGUUGUCCACUUAGGGAAAGCACUGGGACGACAGGUUGUCAAUAUUCAGUGUAGUCCAGACAUGAGACCUGUUGUUGUUCAGCGGAUGCUGAUUGGCGCCCUCCAGACUGGAGCAUGGCUUCUGCUUGACUCUGUGGACUCACUAAAACAAGAGGUCCUGUCAAUACUGGGGCAACAUCUAGAAGACAUUCACCAAUCCUUUUCUAUGUCAACAAGAAAUCAGAAUCAAAAUGUGAAUGAGGAGCCGAAGGAAAGACCUGUAGAUUUCAAAAACGUUGUUGAUCAAGAACGCAAUAUGGUACUUGCCGGGAAAAGCAUUUCUGCCAGACUAAGCUAUGGAUGUGUUCUCAUCUCAUCAAAGGGAUAUCCAUCUGAGGUUCCUGAGAGUUUACGAUAUGUGACCAGACCAAUCGCAUUAACUCAUCCAGAUUACAGGAUCAUUGCAGAAGUAAUGCUGACUUCGAUUGGUUUCUCAGAAGCCAGGUCUUUAAGUCGACAUCUGGUGUCCCUCAUCAGCCUGGCAAAGGAUUCCAAUUGUCUGCCUGAUUUCAUCACUGACGACCAGAGCUGCUAUCUUGUUGUCUUGCAAAGGAUCAUCUCUGCCUCUGAAAUGCACUUACAACAAAGUGUAAGACAACGUGAAAUGUCAGAUGAGGCCAGAAGAUUGGCUGCAAAACAACCUGAUUUAAUAUCGGCACAAAAUGUUAUUGGCAAUAUUGUUGAGAAGAAUAAGAAAGAAACUACAAUGACUCCAAAGUUUCACAAUUCUCAUUUGUCAGUAAUACAGGGGUUGAUGGAGGAGACAGCUGUUGUCAAAGCGAUUCUUUCCAUUGUGUUACCCUUUCUUUACGAGCAGAAGAAAGCCUCAAAGUUUUUUGCCAUUUUCAAGGACACAUUCCCCAUUGUUAGUCAGUUCCCUUUUUUCCAACUCUACAUUGAGGAAGAAGAAAAGAACCAUCUUAAAGAUGUAGUUACAGAAGAGUUACAAAGACAAGGGCUUCAAUCCUACACCGAAACUAUAUGCAAUGCUCUUACACUCUACCAAACAAUCAAAUAUUCUCAAGCAGUUAUGCUUCUUGGUCCUUCAGGUAGUGGGAAGACAACCUGCUACAGUGCUCUAGCUGGAGCACUCAAUUUUCUGGCUUCAAAUGCAAGGUUUGAAAAGGACAAUCUGAUUGAAAGAGAUACUCCACUUGCACAGCCAAAGACCCCUGAUUUAACCUGGAACUCUGUUGACACUGUGGUGUUAUUUCCUAACGCCAUGUCUCAUGAGGAGCUAUUUGGCUUCUUCUGUGACAAAAGAGGGUGGCAAGACGGAGCUGUUUCAAAGGUGCUCAGAGAUUCUCAACAAUCUGAACAAAAAUGUACAAGUUGCAAAAAUGACAAGAGUGAUCACAUGCCAAUAAUGAAAUGGCUAGUAAUGGAUGGUGAGCCUUUGCGGCAGCCUGGCUGGUUAGAUAACUUAACCACACUUUGCAGGCCUGAGAACCCGUUUAUGUGCCUGCCAUCAUGUGAAACAUUGCUAUCCCAAUCACACCUAAAGCUACUUAUGGAAACCAACAAGCUAUGUGAUGCAAGUCCAUCUGCAGUGACCUGCUGUAGCCUGGUGUAUUUCACAGGAACUGAUCUCUGGAAGGCUGUGUGGAAGACUGAAAUGGAUGCGCUCUCAUGGGAACACAAACUGGAUCAAAAAACCUUGACAUUUUGGAAUCGUCUGGCUGAAGAUCUUUUUUCAAGCACUCUCAGCUGUCUCAAGGAGAAACAUAUAACCUCUGCUAUUCAUUAUGAAGGAGAAUCUAGUCAUGUGGAUGGUCUGCAAGAGAUCAUGUCAUUUUUUCGGGUCAUUCAUGCCCUCCUACAGCAUUUCGGAAUGGAAUUGAGAAAAACUGAAUCAUUACCAAAAAAAGAAAAAACAGAUAUGGUUCUAAACAGAACCAGCACAGGAUGCCACACAAAACAAGACCUGCUGGCCAGAAACCUUUUUCUGGUGGUUAUUUGGGGAUUUAGUGGACAUUUACAUCCUCGAUAUUGGCCACAGUUUGACUUACUAAUCCGUCAAGCCUUGUUUUCUUGCCGGUACAAAAUUAUGGUUCCCGAUGAAGAGAGUGUGUUUGAACACUUUUUCAACAUUGAAAGCAAGAUUUGCCCCACAAAUUCAAUGCUUACUAGUGUCAUCACUCCCAAGUAUGUGAGAUACACAUUCCUUCUGAACCUCAUGUUGGAGGCAAACCAGCCAGUGUUGCUUGCAGGAGAGGUUGGCAGUGGAAAAACGACAGUGUGCAAAACAUUGUUGAGUUACGACAAGCCACAUAUUAGCCUACCAGCUAGUCCGCUCCUGAGCUCCAGAGACCUUCGCACUUUAAUGGAUAACAUCAGAUAUGAGAAGAACCCUAAAAACACCAAAGGUUCCAUGAUAAGACAGCCCCGACUGCUUCUUUUUGUGGAUGAUUUGCAUGAAGCAUGUGAUGUCUUUGGGAAGACCUCGGCGGCUCUAGAGACGCUUCGACAGAGUGUGUCAACAGGAGAGAUUCUAAUAUAUGAUACCUACCAUUUCAAAUUAUUGAGUUCCAGAUGCAUCAGUUAUAUGGCUACCUGUUGUGUCUUUGGAUCAGGCAAUCAUCAAAGUAAUGUGAUAUCCUCCAGGCUCUCACGCCUUUUCUCCAUCUUUGUGCUGCCCAACCUUACUAUGGAUGUUGUAUUCUCUAUCCAUUCUUCUCGGCUAAAAACCUGGCUGAAAGAAAUGCCCCUUGUGAGUUGUGAGGAUAUGGCGCAUUGUAUUAUCACUGCAACUAAAAAUCUGUAUGAUGCUGUAUGUGAGCAAUUCCAGCCCACUGCUCAGAGGCCCCAUUUCAUAUUUUCUCAACAUGACCUUCAGAAAGUGUUUUUGGGGAUGUGCCUGUGGCAGCCUAAUUCUCUCAACACAUCAACGAUACAGGAAAAGGAGAACUCACUUCAAGACUUUCCUCCAGUCCUGUCAGGGCCUGCAACAUUAUCUCUUAACAUAGCACAUCUCUGGAUGCACGAGUGCAUGCGUACAUUCGGUGACAGAUUAUGCUCUGAGGGUGAAUGCAAAAGUCUUGUUUCACUCAUAUCCAUUACAGCAACAACACAUUAUGGGAUAUUUUUGAUUGAUGAAGUCCAACCUGCAAAUUCAGAUUACCCAGCCACUACCGAAAGCCUUUCUAUACAAACAGUGCCUGUAGACACAGCAGUCCCCUGUAAAUCAAUGGGUCACAGUGUAGAUAUAUCGGAUCUGCUUCAAGAGCCAAUGCCAGCUGGCCAGUCAGACUUGAACAAAUGCCAUACAUGGACUGAGCCUGCUCCUCUGUCUGAAGAAAAUCACUCCAAGCAGGCAAUACUAAAACCCCUGAUUCUUCAGUAUAUGGAGGAAAAAGUGGCUAAGCUUGUAUUUGUUCCUGAGCUAUCUGAAGUCUUAACGUCAGUAAACCACAACUUUAGCUGUUUUUAUCAGGACCAAGACCUUGAGUUCCUUCAGCAGGAGCUCUGUGCUCAUAUUGACAGGGAAGAGGAAUACAAUGAACAGAAAGUUGUAAACGACUACAAUGUUGCAACCAGAUGCAUUCUACACAGACAGAGGUUAAAUCAGCUUUUACAUAUCCUCAGGGUAUUGUUCAUACCUGGUGGUCAUGGAUUGUUGAUUGGCUCAGAAAGAGGCACAGGACGUAAAACCACUGUGCGUUUAGCUGCUUAUCUCAUGGGUUAUCAGUUGAUGGAGGUGCAUCCUGGUAAUGAGAAUAAGUUGCAUGACAUCCUAAAAGAAGCUAGAAAUCAAGCUAGAAUAAAAGGUGUUAAUGUCAUCAUACUAGCCCAUGAAGGAAUUAGCCUGUCUGUCAGAAAUGAACUUUUGGUUGCCAUGGCGCAUAGAACCUACCCAGCGCUCAGCACAGAUGAGGAGCUGAGAAAUCUUGUUUCCAGAGUGACUGCGGUGAUGAAUUCAAGAAGAUAUGUGAUGGACAGCUGGAAUUUUGAGAAGUUCUUGAGCCAAAUCCACAGAAAUGUACAUGUGUUCCUGUUGCUUCCCUUAACCAUGCCAGUCAACAUUGAGACACCUGCGGACAAGGAGAUUCAUGCAUGGAAUGCCCAACUUACCAAGGCCCUGAGCUGCAGCUGUUGUGUGGAGGUGUACCAGCCUUGGUCAAAUCAGUCUUUAGUUGAAGGUGCUGCUCACUGCCUUAAAGCCUGCCUCCACAAAAGGGAGGGAGAAAGGUCAGAAGUCAGCCUGCCAGUGGCUAUGGCAGGAAUCCAUCAAUCUGCAUGUCACUAUGCUUCUGUCCAUCUAACAUCUCAGCCUUUCAGCCCUCAGACUUACAUGGAGUUCAUUGCCCACUUUGCUUACCUUUCCAAACAUAUGCACAAGCAACAGCAGAGCCAGGCCAACAGAGUUGCCACUGCUCUGUCUCAUUUGGAUGGGAUAAGAAAUGCAGCUGUGGUGUAUAAAAAUGAUUUUCUAAGACUGCAAGAGGCGGUUGCCAUGGCACAGCAGCAUGAGAAAGAGCUUCUCGGAGACAUAGAUUUCCAGAUGAGGCGACUUAAGGAAUGUGUUGAAGAGGAGAACAAGUUAUGCAACAUGGAAGAGAAGGUAAAUUUUACUCAGAAACAGAUGAUCCCUGUUUUGCUGUCAGGUCUCAAAAUUCAAAACUGUCUGGAUCCAUCUGACCUGGAGGAGGUGCGCCACUAUAGAGAUCCACCUGACGGAGUAGUGAAAAUAAUGGAUGCCAUUUGUUUACUGUUUAAUCAUCCCCCAGGCUGGGAGACUGCUAGACAGCUUUUUGGACAACCCAACUUUUACCAGGAGUUGGAAUAUUUUGACCACUACAGUUUGACAAAUGAGCAGCUGCAGCAGCUUGGCCAGAUAGUCCACAGUCCCCAGUUCAUGCCAGAGUCUGUGCGAGAAGUAAGCAAGGCCUGUGAGUCCCUGUGUCAGUGGGUCCAGGCUGUGUAUGAAUGCUGCUGUAUGCAGCACCAACUGUUGGUCAAGCAGCAAUUCAAAGAAGAGGCCCGCAAAAAGCUUUACCAGGCCAUACAGGACAAGAAAGAUGCAUACCAUCGUCUGGAGUACUUCAAACAUCAGCUGCAGUCGGUUGAAGAAAAACUUGAGGAGCAAAUACUAGAGCUACACACAGCAGAGCAAUCAGAAAGAGACGCUACUAAUGCUGCAGGGCUGUUGGACAUGCAUAUGAGAGACUGGAGGAUCGCUGCUCAGGAGCUGGAGUUAAAUAACCAAACCUUACUUGGAGAUGCCCUUAUUCUGGCUGCAGUCAUCUCUUAUUUAGGCCCCUUCGGACCUGAUACACGCACAGAACUGCUGAGCAAGUGGAGGGAGCUAUGUCAGUCUGGAAGCAUUGAAAUAAACCCCAAGGACCUCAGAACCUCCUUGUUUGCACACUCUGACACUGAAAGUUCUCACCCACCUCCUGGUUUUCCAAUCACUGUGUCUGCCAAUUUGCAACUGCCUGUGGGUCGGGCAUUGGGUGUAAGCCAAGAUGCUCCAUCAAAUAGGAUGGUUGUAAAGCUGCUGCUGUGGGGCUGUAGUAGGCCAUGGGCUCAGCGCUGGCCUUUACUGGCAGACACACAGCAACAUCAAGAUAUAAGCUCUCAACGCUUGUGCAUACCAGGUGACAAUGCCAACCUUGAGAAGGAGACAGAGUGUGGGAUGGUGAUUUGUGCUGAUGAUCCAGAGCUGCUGGAUAAGCUCGACCAGGCUGCAGUUAAAGGUUUGAGAGUCAUGGUGACUCACAUGGAACGAGCAGUUCCCACUCCACAGUUUCUGGACAGAUUGGCACGUCCUAGCAGUGGAUGCUGCUCUCAAUGGUUUCAAAGUCAUAUCCCACCUGACAUAAGCCACCCUAACUUCUGCCUCUUCCUUUGCACCAAUCUGCCUGUUAAGAUGCUAAGUGAUGAGAUUCAUCCAUCCAUCCUUGCUCAGGUGGGUGUGGUUGACCUCUCUCUUAGCUCAGAAGUGAUCCAGGAGCUGAUGCUGACACAGCUGCUGCAGUCUGAAUGUGAAGAGCUGCUGAGUCAGCAAUUGCGGUUGAAGAAUGACAAACAGUUGCUGCAGAAGAAACUGGUGUCAGAGGAGGAAGCUCUGAUGGACUACAUCGUGCAGUCUGACACCUCACUGCUACAGGACUCUGAUUUUCUCCCCCGUGCGGCUGCUUGUCAAGAAGCAAUGAAGAACCUGCAGGCUGAGAUCCAGCAGCUGAGUGACGAGUUGGAGUACCACAAGUCUCUGCUGGCUGUGCCCAGACAGUUAAUGAGGCUGGCUGCUGACCUCUACCAGUCUCUGCUGGGGGUGUCCCGUCUCUCUCCUGCCUAUUACUUUUCCCUACAUGGCUUCAUCACAGUAAUGCAAGAGGCCUUUCUCAUGAAGGAUAGACCAUUAGUGCCAUAUACUAUUUUGAAAAUGCCAAAGGAAGUAAAAGCAGAGGUCACAAACAGGAUGGUAACCCAAAUGUUGCUCCAAUACCGGCCUCUUCUCUUCAAGAGUCAUGUUGCUGUUCUGAAGCUGCUGGUGUCUUUGACUCGACUUCAACAUAACCAGCUGUGCUCUGAGACUGAGAGGGUGGCUUUUAUCAGGGGCUUUCAAGACAUAAAACAUCCUCUCACACAUAUAAAACCUUGUCUCCUUCCUCCUACUCUGUCACCUUCCACUAGUGCUUUGCCAUGCUGGAUCCCCUCUCAUAUUCACCAAGAGCUCCUCUGCUUGGAAAAGAUGCCGGACUUUGGUGGGUUGAUUGCCUCUCUCUCCGCUUUCCAGACACAGUGGCAGGAGUAUCUUCGGUUCCCUUCCUCCACUGUAGCAGGAGCUAUUCCCUGUUGCUCUCACUCCCAUCUGUCCGUGCUGCAGCGGGCUCUCCUCUGGAAGACUGUGAACCCUGACUGCCUGGAGGGACUAGCUGAGGCCAUGGCUGCCCACCACUCUUUUCUUCCUGGACAGAGAGGAGGGACUGAGGCCCCUUACAGUGGGAACCCAAAGGCCCUAUUACAAGUUCUCGUCAAACAUAAGGGACCCAUCAUUCUCACAUUACCCAGUCCAAGUGGAGAUAAGUCGACAAACAUUCAGCCUCUUUAUCUAAUAAACACACUGGCCCACUGUGUUGCAGGAACAAAACAGGUGAAAGUCAUUUCUCUUGGGGCUCUGUGUGACAGAGACAUGAUUCUUUCAAUGCUGGAAAAAGCUGUUCAUGAGGGCCACUGGUUGGUUUUUAACAACUGUCACCUGUUUGAACAAUGGGAUGAUAAAGUAGUGGCUCGCCUCAGAUGGUUGAUCUCAUCUCUAAGAGAUAACCAAAGCCUGAGUCACCCUUGCUUCCAGUUAUGGUUUAUAACACAAGAAUAUAAAUCAUGCUCCAUACCAGCUGCCAUGCGACUGUGUGCCUUUCCUCUGGUCUGUGACUCUCCAUGGGAUCUGAAGGAUGAGCUGAGCAGCUCUUUUCGUGAAGUGGUGUCCAUCGUGCAGAGAAAAUCACAGUGGGACGUGACAGCAGACAACAAGGAGCUUCUCCUCCGCUGUGCCAUCUUCCACUCUGUUUUACUGCAGAGACAGAGCUAUAAAUACUUAGGCCAAGGCAGAAUAUACAGUUGGGGUCAGGACGACCUCCUGGCUUUGAUUGAUGCCCACUUCAGUGUUGCCAAUCACUGCCAUGACAGGUUCCAGGCUUUGCAUUAUAUAGCAGUCAAUCUUGUGCAUGGUGGCCAUGUACUGGACUCUGCAGAUUUCAAGGUGUUGGAGAGUGUUGCAGAGACCUGCUUCAGUAGAGCGUCACCUCUCUUGGGCAGUGGACCACACAUCCUCUCCGAUAUUAUUAUCAAACCUGGAGACUUUGAUUUGUCAGAACUACUGCAGGUUUUGGAGAAGAAUUCAGCAAACAUAAAUGAGCCUCUUAUGCAAGGUUUCAGUGGUGAAAUAGCAGCUGAGAGAAUCAAGAUCAAUAGCCAAAACUUGAAUAUACAACUACAGGCUUCCCAGACUCCUUUAGGAUCAGUGAGGACUUUGUGCCCCCAGCUAAACCCGUCUGCCUCACUGCCGGCCUACAACCAGGCUAGAGACAGACUGCAAACUCUGAAACGUUACCUCACACACAAGAACAAGAGCAUGGAUUCAAAUGCAGAAGUUGUUUCUCCCAGUCCUCUACGUGACUUUCUCCAGACUGAGUUGGAUGAUCUGAUCGAUUUGGUGCACUUGCUCCUCUCACAGCUCCAGCAUCCUGUUCAAUACAACACGUCAACCUUUGCUUCCCUCCUUGAGCUCACUGACUUGUCUUUCUUGGAGAGGAGGGCAGAAUUGCUCAGUGCUUACCUCUUGCAUCUCAACACUUCAGAUCCACCUGGUGCCUAUCGACUAUCUGCUUUCAAAAAUGCCAGAGGCUUUCUGGCGGCAGUCAUGAGAGAGGCUACUCUAGUAAAUCGCAAAAAUUGCAGUGACAUUGUUCUGCAUUUUCAGGUUCUGAGUGACAGUACGUACCCAGCUUCACUUCCCCUAGAUGCUGUGUAUUUGUGUGGCCUGGAGCUAAGUGGUGCAUCCUGGGAUACACAGCUAGGAGCCCUGCAGGACACAGCCUCUCCACAGCCUGGCUCAUUGCCCCUUGUUUGUGUAAAGGCUCAAGUUAGGAGCACAAAUAUUGCCCGAAUCACAUCCUCUGAUAAAAGUUCACCUUUAAAGGAUGCACAGGUUACACAGACUUCUGCAUCAAAUGCCCGUCAGUUACCUCUCUAUGACUGUCCGCUCUAUCUCGACAGAGACCGCAAGAGGGGGAACUGGGGACUAGCAGAUGUUAACAUUAUCACUAUGGUUCCACUUCAUUCCAAACUAAAUCCUGUGCUGUGUAAUUUAAGGAGAGUGAGGGUAGUGAGCAUGCUCUGAAGAGAUCCACCUGAUUAAAUCUGCUUUCAUGGAACAAACCGAAAAUUUGAAAAUCUCUGGAUUGAUCGAAAUCCCUCUUCAUUGGGACUCUUGCUCACAUGAAUUUAUGCAUUUACCU